AUUUUCACCACCAGAAAAAUUUGGAAGGGGACUAAGCUUCAUCUACAACAACCUUUCCUCUCGAUUGCGAGAUUGGACUGUGUGGUGUCCCUAUUUAAUAUUAGAGUUAUUACCUUGCUUAAUAUUUCCUGAAUAUUCGCCAUGGGAAUUGAAUACCCGCUUCGUGUUCUUCUUAUCGGCAAUGGAGGAAGGGAACAUGCGAUCGCGUGGAAGCUCAGCCAGUCGCCUCUGGUAGAGUCCAUCAUAGCCGUACCCGGAAAUGGAGGCACUGCGACUUGCCCUAAGACUACCAAUAAUACCUCCGUUUCAGCUGAAGAUUUUCCGGCCUUACUCGAACUCGCGCGAAAGAACAAUGUGAACUACGUGGUACCCGGCCCAGAAGCACCUCUUGUCGCGGGCGCCGUUGAUUUCUUCGAGAAUGCGGGCCUUAAGAGUUUUGGUCCUUCCAAGAAGGCCGCGCAGAUGGAGGGCAGCAAGACCUUUUCGAAGGACUUUAUGAAGAAACAUGGUAUCCCCACAGCGGCCUACGAGAAUUUCUCCGACUACGACAAGGCCCGAGAAUAUCUCGACCAAGUACAACACGACGUAGUGAUAAAGGCGAGUGGAUUGGCUGCUGGCAAGGGCGUUAUAAUGCCUACAUCAAAGCAAGAAGCGCACCAGGCGCUCAAGGAUAUUAUGCAGAAUAAGGAAUUCGGAUCUGCUGGAGACGAGGUGGUUAUCGAAGAAUUUCUGACGGGCGAUGAAUUAAGCGUACUGACUUUCAGCGAUGGUUACACAAUUAAAUCUCUGCCUCCCGCGCAGGAUCAUAAGAGAAUAGGGGAAGGAGACACAGGACUGAACACAGGAGGUAUGGGAUGUUAUGCGCCGACUAACAUCGCUACACCAGAUCUUGUCGCGCAAAUUGACCGGGAUAUCAUCCAGCCGACGAUUGAUGGCAUGCGCAAGGACGAGAUGCCAUUUGUCGGUGUUCUUUUCACAGGACUCAUGAUCACUUCGACCGGUCCGAAGGUACUUGAGUACAAUGUGCGAUUCGGAGACCCCGAGACGCAGACUGUCUUACCAUUACUGUCGCAAGAUACGGAUUUGGCUAAGAUAAUGGUCGCGUGUUCCGAUCGAUACCUGGAUAGUGUCCUAAUUAAGGUUGAGCCGAAUUUCAGUGCAACGGUUGUCGUUGCUGCAGGUGGUUAUCCCGAGGCAUACGCCAAAGGAGAUGAGAUGAAUGUGCAGACACCUCCCGAAGGCAUCAACAUAUUCCACGCCGGAACGAAGCUAGCCAAUGGCAAAUUACAGACAGCAGGUGGUCGAGUAAUAGCUGCUAGUGCUACUGCAGCUGAGAGUCUCCGCGCCGCCGUCGACAGGGCCUACGAAGGCGUGAAGCUCAUUCAAUUCAAUAAGAUGUACUAUCGCCGAGAUAUCGCGCAUCGCGCUUUCAAGCCUACAUCCGAUACUAAGGAAGCUCUAACGUAUGCUGAGGCGGGCGUAAGCAUCGAUGCCGGGAAUCAACUUGUGGAACGAAUACGAAAUGCUGUUAGAUCAACAAGGCGAGCCGGUGCCGAUGCCGAGAUCGGUGGCUUCGGAGGCGAAGUUGACUUAUCCAAAGCCGGCUUCUCAAGCGACGCCCCAAUUAUAGUCGGCGCUAUCGAUGGCGUAGGAACAAAACUCAUGAUCGCGCAGGCGACGCGCAACCACACAACUGUGGGCGUUGAUCUCGUGGCCAUGAACGUGAAUGACCUCGUCGUCCAGGGUGCCGAACCCGUUAUGUUCCUCGACUACUUCGGCUGCAGUCGACUUGACCCCGAAGUUGCCGCUGUAUUCGUUGAGAGUGUUGCCACUGGUUGCCGUGACGCUGGGUGUGCUCUUGUCGGUGGUGAAACGGCUGAGAUGCCGGGUAUGUACCGUGACGAAGACUACGAUGCAGCUGGUGCUGCUAUUGGUGUUAUGCGCCCGAGCAAUCGUCUCCCGCGCCACGAUGCCAUGGCUGAAGGCGAUGUUAUCCUAGGUCUCGCGUCGUCUGGUGUUCAUUCUAACGGCUUCUCUCUUGUGCGACGCAUCCUUGCGCGCGAGAAGCUCGAUUAUGCUAGUCCCGCGCCUUGGGAUACGUCGAAGAGUGUAGGUGAAUCCCUCCUAACGCCGACCCGCAUCUACGUCAAAUCUGUGCUCUCCGCGCUACCACAACUCAAGGGCCUCGCCCACAUCACAGGCGGUGGACUUAUCGAAAAUAUCCCGCGCGUCCUACCGAAACAUCUUUCCGCCGAGGUCGACAUUGCAGCCUGGCCCCAACCACCUGUUUUCAAAUGGCUCGGAUCCGCAGGCAACGUCGCACCUUCGGAGAUGGCGCGGACUUUCAACAACGGAGUUGGCAUGGUGGCGGUAGUUGGCCCCGCGGACGUGGAAGUUGUGAAAAAGCAAUUUGAGGGGGCUGGGGAGACGGUGUAUACCAUUGGUAGAUUAACGGCUCGAUCUGAGGGUGGCGCUGGUUGCGUGCUCAGGAAUUUGGAGUCGUGGAGUUAAGGGUUAGAUAAAAAGCAAAAGGGAAUUAAAAAUGGGAGUGGGAGGGCACAGUAUAGUUAGCUAGCUGGUAGGAUGGAUUUCGUCGAUAUGUAUUCGCAUUUACAUCAUGAA